UGUUUUGACUAACCGCUAUCUAACCAAAGCUAGGCGGCUGUACUGAAACUGUUACGUCCAUAAACAUUAAGCUGGCAGAAACAAAGCGCUGACAUUCCAGAGGACUCUGUCAAAAUGCCUCAGACCAACAAGUCAGUGAAUGGUUGUGGUGCUCAACUAGAGGCUUCUGCCCCAGACCAGGGUGAGCCACCGCCACCACAGGAGCAGGCGGCUGCUUGGGAUGGAGGUCAAAAAGUGCCUACAGAAGACCAGGGGGACUUGGAUAUCAUCAAAUCUCCCAGUGACCCUAAGAAAUACAGACACAUUGAGCUGAGUAACGGCCUCCGAGUACUCCUUAUCUCCGACUUCAGUGGGGAGAAUGGGACAGAAGGAAGUGAAAAUGGAGAGGUCAACGGGAAGAUAGAAGAUGGAGAGGAUGAGGAGGAAGAAAGCAAAGGUGAGGAAGAAGAAGAUUCUGGUGAGGGCUCAGAGGAGGAUGAGGAGGAGGACCAAGAGGAGGAGCAGGACAGCGACUUUGAUGAGCUGGACGAGGAGAAUGCAGGGAAGAAGAAGAAAGGGAUCUCUGAGAAGCAGGCUGCAGCUGCUCUGUGCAUCAGUGUUGGGAGCUUCAGUGACCCAGAAGAUCUGCCUGGCCUCGCCCACUUCCUGGAGCACAUGGUGUUUAUGGGCAGUGAGAAAUACCCAGCCGAGAACGGCUUCGACGCCUUCCUAAAGAAGCAUGGCGGAAGCGACAACGCCUCCACUGACUGCGAGAGAACCAUCUUUCAGUUCGACGUGCAGAGGAAAUAUUUCAGAGAGGCACUUGACAGAUGGGCUCAGUUCUUUAUCUGUCCUCUGAUGAUAGAAGAUGCCAUCGACAGAGAGGUGGAAGCUGUGGACAGUGAGUACCAGUUAGCGAGGCCUUCUGACUCACAUCGAAAGGAGAUGCUGUUCGGGAGUCUUGCUAAACCGGGACACCCUAUGAGAAAGUUUUGCUGGGGUAAUGCUCAGACUUUGAAGCACGAACCCAGAGAGAAGCAGAUCAACACCUACCAGAGGCUCAGAGACUUCUGGAGGAGAUAUUACUCCGCUCAUUACAUGACGCUAACUGUGCAGUCCAAAGAAACUCUAGACACUCUGGAGCAGUGGGUGAGAGAAAUCUUCAGCAAAGUUCCCAACAAUGGGGAACUCAAAGCGGACUUCUCUCACCUCCUGCAGCCGUUUGACACUCCAGCCUUCAACAAACUCUACCGAGUGGUCCCUGUGAGGAAGGUUCAUGCUCUGAACAUCAGCUGGGCCGUACCACCGCAGGGGAAACAUUACAGAGUGAAGCCACUUCACUACAUCUCCUGGCUGAUCGGACAUGAAGGAACAGGCAGCAUCCUGUCUCUGCUCAGGAAGAAGUGCUGGGCUAUGGCUCUGUUUGGAGGAAACAGCGAGACAGGUUUCGACCAGAACACCACCUACUCCAUCUUCUCCAUCUCCAUCACCCUGACUAACCUGGGCUUCCAGAACUUCUACCAGGUUGUCCAUUUGGUUUUCCAGUACCUAAAGAUGCUCCAAACUCUUGGGCCCCAGCAGAGGAUCUAUGAGGAAAUUCAGAAGAUAGAAGCCAACGAGUUCCACUAUCAGGAGCAGACAGAUCCCAUCGAGUUUGUGGAGAACAUCUGUGAGAACAUGCAGCUGUUUCCCAAAGAGGACUUCCUGACUGGAGACCAGCUCAUGUUUGAGUUUGACCAGGAGGUCAUUAGUGCCGCUCUUUCACUACUGACUCCUGACAAAGCAAACCUGUUGCUGCUGUCACCGGAGAACGAAGGUCACUGUCAACUCAGAGAGAAAUGGUUCGGUACCUGCUACAGCAAGGAGGACAUCCCAGAGGAGUGGGCUCAGCGCUGGGCGGGAGACUUGGAACUCAACCUUGAACUCCACCUCCCCGCUGAGAACAAAUAUAUUGCGACCGAUUUUUCUCUGAAAGCGACUGACUGUCCGGACACAGAGUUUCCUGUCCGGAUCGUGAACAACGAGCGAGGCUGUCUGUGGUACAAAAAGGACAACAAGUUCAAGAUCCCAAAAGCUUAUAUUCGUUUCAACCUGAUCUCCCCGAUGAUUCAGAAGAGUCCUGACAAUCUGGUUCUGUUUGACCUCUUUGUGAACAUCCUGGCUCACAAUUUGGCCGAGCCAGCCUAUGAGGCUGAUGUGGCUCAGCUGGAUUACAAACUGGUGGCCGGAGAGCAUGGAUUCGUUAUCGGAUUUAAGGGUUUCAACCACAAACUGCCGCUGCUGCUGAAGCUCGUCGUGGAUCAUCUGGCGGAGUUCAGCGCUGCACCGGGCGUCUUUAACAUGUUCUCUGAGCAGCUGAAGAAAGCCUACUUCAACAUCCUGAUCAAACCUGAGAGACUGGGCAAGGACGUCCGUUUGAGGAUCCUGGAGCACUGUCGCUGGUCUGUCAUUCAGAAGUAUCAGGCAGUCACUAAGGGUCUGACAGUGGAUGACCUCAUGACCUUUGUCACUGGGCUAAAGUCGGAGCUGUACACCGAAGGGCUGGUGCAGGGGAAUUUCACCAGCACGGAGUCCAAAGAGUUUCUGCAGUACUUUAUUGAUAAGCUGCAGUUCCAGCCCCUGUCAGCAGAGGUCCCUGUGUUGUUCCGGGUGGUGGAGCUGCCUCAGAAACAUCAUUUCUGUAAAGUGAAGUCUCUGAACAAAGGAGACGCUAACUCUGAGGUCACUGUCUAUUUUCAGUCGGGGCUGAAGAAUCUCAGAGAGCAUGCUCUGAUGGAGCUGCUGGUGAUGCACAUGGAGGAGCCCUGCUUUGACUUCCUCAGGACAAAGGAGACACUAGGGUACCAGGUGUACCCGACCUGCAGGAACACCUCUGGGAUGCUUGGGUUCUCCGUCACCGUGGAAACACAGGCCUCAAAGUUCAGCACAGAGCUGGUGGAGGCCAAGAUUGAGGAGUUCCUGGUCAGCUUCGGGGCGCGUCUGUCGGCGCUGAGCGAGGACGCCUUCAGGACGCAGGUGACAGCUCUUAUCAAGCUGAAGGAAUGCGAGGACGCUCACCUGGGAGAGGAGGUGGACCGCAACUGGUUUGAGGUUGUCACACAGCAAUACGUCUUCAAAAGGCUCGACAAGGAGAUCGAGACGCUGAAGCAGUUCUCUCGGUUGGAGCUGGUCUCCUGGUUCCUGGAACACAGAAACAGCAGCAGCAGGAAGCUCAGUGUCCAUGUGGUUGGUUUUGGGGUGGAGGAGAAUGACCCCCCAGAACCGAGUGCCACCUGCAGCCCAGAAAGCAUUGUCAACCCCCCCUCCUCGGCCUACGGUGAAGUGAGCGAGCUCACCUUCCUGAUGGCCUCCUCGCCUUUGCUCCAGGACGCCACGCUCAUCUCCGACAUCCGAGCGUUCACCUCCUCCAUCCCGCUCCACCCUUACCACAAAAUCCUCAGCUAAACCACUCACUGCAGACUGACAUGAGAGAGCUAAAGACCUCUUCGCUGUCAUAUUAAUAAUAAAGUUACCAUGGAAACAGCUAGCAUUCUUAUUUGAUAAAAGAGGAUACUGUUAGAAUGCACAUAAUUUACAUUUACACGUGCUUAGAUCUUGAGUUUAAUGUACUCGCAUAGAGCUAAAGAAAUAAAACAUUGUAAAAUGCUGCUUUCAUAUACUGUGGGGAGAAAAGCUGAACUCUAGGCCCAUAUUGAUAUAGCAUCUCAUGCUUAUAAAGCAUCUAGUGGUUUAUGAUAUCUGGAAAAUAAUAAUGGAAAAAUGUAAAUGCAGAAAAUAAUCACUUUUUAAAAUGUAGCAUAAAGGCUUGACUGGCAAAAAAUAACUAGUCAUCAUAGAUCGUCAUCUACGGUACUUUAGGCUACAGAAUGUUUAUAAUUGAAAACAUACGAUGCCUAAGUAUUUAACCUAGCUCAAACAUAAGGAUUGUUACCAAUAAACCAUUUGCAUCAGCUGUAAGUAAACACCUAUUAAAAGUACAAACUGUUUAAACUUCAA